AUGUCGUCCGACCACCACCACGUCCAAGUCUUUACAGACGUCCCAGCACAUCUCUUUCGACUGCUCGAGGUGAGGCUUCCCCAAUUUAUCACCCUCCUCCGUCGUCUACAGGUCACGACCUUCCUUACAGGUAAGACGGACUCUGCGCGAAUCACUGUCGCAUCAGACGUGCCUUCCCAAGAACGAAGCGCCAGCAGCACGAUUCGGCACUUCACAGCUACCUACUUAGACCCCUUCCUCGGUCUCGAGACUGACAUGUGGCUCUAUUCGACUUCCGAGGACUCUCGUGGCGCAAUGCCAGCCUCUCCCACUCUGUCUCCCGGCGAAGACGCCCUGUGCCGGCGCGGGCUGCGCUCCGGUCCGACUCCCACGUACGAGUAUGACAAGUUCAUCUUCCGCAUCGACAAGCUACCGCUGCCUCAUGAGCUUCAACCACCAUCCGAUAUGGUUUGGGGGUCAGGCACGGUUCGGGACUGCGAGCUGGCAAAGGCUAGAACAAGGAGUAGGAAGCUCCUGUUGACACUGCCAAGCCUGUUUAUCAAGCUGAAGGACGCUACGCCUGUGGCUUGGGCGUUCUUGGCGUCCAGUGCGAGGAGCCCUUCCGCUGUAGAGGGCUUGCAAAGGCCCAGCUCUGAGCUCCUCUGCACUAAGGCGAGCGCAUUCAGCGGCGAUAGCUUUGCCGCAGUAGAUGUGGCGCCGGAUAAUGCUAGUAGCCAGGCUAUGUGGCCCUUUUAG